AUGAAGAAGACGACGCUGUGGAGAAACAAUGCUGCACCGGCUGGCCCAAGUGACAAGAGCAGUAGCGGUAGCACUGCCAGCGGCAGUAGUAAGACUGGUACAACUCCAGUGGCUGCUGCUACUGCGAGCGCAAAGCCAGUGGCGCCAAAGACAAAGAGCAGCAGCGGCAGCAAUCCUUCGACUGCUGCACCGCACAGCACGAAUCGAGGGAGUCUCAAUAACAAUCAAGAAAAACGACGCAGCAUUAGCAAUGCGCCGACCGACGGCGAGGACAAGCUGCCGCCGGGAUGGACACGCAAAGAGAGCAAGUCGCAGAAAGGGCGGUAUUACUACAUUUCGCCAGCGGGCAAGACGCAGUGGGUCCCUCCGCCCUCGGCCAAAACGCCGAGUGCGAAGAUUAAGAAAACGUACAACUGGCUGAGCGAAGUGGAGAUUUGUUUCCAAGAAGGUCGGCUGGGCGUGAGUCUGCGGGAGGUCCAUCAGAUGGAGACGAUUUUGUAUCCUCAAUUCCAAGCUGAAGUGGACGAUUUGCCAAAAGUCAAUGGAAAAGCAGGUCCUGCCGAGCUGCACAAUUGGAGUGUCAAGGCGAACAAACGUCUGACGAUUGGCAUGCGUGUCAUCAGUAUCGAGGACGCGUCGCUGGUAGGAUUUACGUACAAGGAAGUCGUUGCAAAGCUGAAGACUGCAUCUCGUCCGGUGCGCAUUAAGUUUGCUGACGUGCAGAAAGGAACCGUCGAAGAAAAUGGCGGUCGCAAGUCGGAUGGGGACAGUGCCAAGAACAGCACCGCCACGGACCUAGCUGGCCCGGGAUACGGACACUCGACUGCUUACAUGCAGCAAAAACAGGAAUACACGCGCGUGCUCGUGACAGGGGAGCUUUAUACCGAGAUGUGGACAAUUGAGAACAAAAAGUUGCUGCGAUCGCUGACGCGCAUGCAGCAUAAGUGGAACACGGUGUCGAGUGAGUUUGAUAUUCUAAAUGCGAGGCGAAUGGAGUUGCGGAAAGAGAACGACGAAAUGAAAAGUGAUAAAGAAAAGUACGAAAAGAUGUUGAAAAACCUGAAGCUACAAGCGACUCAUGCUAUGGAAAAUCCGGAGCUUGUGCGGGCCAACGAGCUGGCCAAGCGAAACACAGAGCUGAGCGAUGACAUAUCCAAAAUGAGCUCUGGGAACAAGCGAUUACGAAAAGAGAGGGAUGCGCUGCAAGCCCAGCUAGAUGAGCUGGAAAAACAGCUUGUAAAAGUGGAACAAAAAGACAAGGCAGAAGAGGAGGACCGCGUGCCAGAAGAGGACAUUUUUGGCAUUGAGCCUACGGCACCACCGAAGGAGCAGCUGUCAGCAUUGAAGAAAAAGAGACGCGGGCUUGAAGACGAAGUUAACAAAGAACAGCGCAAGGCCAACAAGGUGCAAAAAGAGAUGGAGCAGCUUACGAAGCACUACGCUAGUCUUGAGAAUGAGGAGUCGGGACACAUCUCUUCAACGUCCUCGCCAUCCUCUCACCACCCGCCAAAAGACGACAAAGACAAGAACGCGUCGACGCCGAGCGGCCAGCACGAUACAACUAGUAGUGGCGGCAAUGGCGUGACAAAGCCCAAAUCCGAGUUUGCUGACCUUGAAGCGAAGAUAUUGGAGCUGCGCAAGAAGCAGAGAUCCGUGGUGGAUACCUUGUCAAAGGCUGCCCAGUCAGGUGAUCACAAACUGGCAAAGGAGUGCCAACGGCGGCGCCAGAAGAUCAAGGAGGAGCUGAAGGAUGCGCAAGACGAGCUUUACCGGGUCAAGAACCAUGGUAAGCAAGAAGCAUCGUCUGCACGGGGUGAACGGUCCCGCAAGGAAAAGACCUCAGUUGAGGCAGUAACGGUGCCAAGCCGUCAGCACUCGCCGUCGUCGAAGAAAUCCAAGCAGUUGGGAUCGAUUUCGAAGGGCAAGUUGAGUCCGUCGACUCCUGAUGCAAGCGCUGACACUCCGUCUACGACCGGCAGCUCGCGUGCUGGAAAGAUGCCAAUGCUGAGUGGUUUCUUGGAAAAGGGACCGACAGAGUGGGCAGACCGCGGCCUCAUCAGCGGCAUGAAGACAAUGCGUGGUGCCCGUGAGCGUUGGUGCGUAAUCACGGCCGAUGGAUUUCUUAAAUAUUACAAGCGCCGUGGUGACUCCGUCGUGCGUGGGGAGAUCAACCUCGCUGAGAAGAGUUUUGAAGUCCUCGCGGAUGAUCUUGCGCAUGGAAAGGAGUUUGUGCUGAGUACAGACGAGCAGCAGUCGCAUUUCUUCACGAAGAACGCACAGGAGCUGAACAACUGGGUGAAAACCCUUCGUGCCGCAAACGCUUAUUUACUCAAUGCUGCUGCUCCCCCGUUGCCUCCGCCACGAGCAGCGCGUGGCACUGGCGACAAGCAAGUAAGUGCCCGACACGAAACGAAACAGACACAGGAGUUCAAUCUUGACGGACUGGAGGACUCGCUGCCUGAAGAGGAUGAGCAGUUUUACGGACGUGCUACUCUGGGUUUCUAA